CUUCCCUGUAGUAGAAAAGAGAUUUAGCCUUCAGACACUCUUUCGAUUAAAUGGCCUACAUAUCAAUUCUUUGGUAGAUAUUUUGGCUUGAGAUUAUCAAUAAAGAAUUACCUCAAAAUCAUUAUGAAGUCAAGAAUUUUGUCGCUCUUUCCAUAUUUCUCAGCGAUAAACUCUCCAUAAAUGUUCUGUCUCUUGGCCAAAACAGAUGGUAUAUGUCUUGGCUCGAAUUUAAGUGAAGCUUUUAAGAACUGAAAAUCUAUUUCUUUGAACCCCUCUUCAAGUGAGCUUAAGAAUUUCUUCAAGGAUUCAUGAUGUUCCUCUUUUAACACUUCUCCUUCCAGAAUAUUCUGAGGUUCCUCGAUGCAAUCCUUGUACAUUCUAGAAGUCUUUCUUCUGGAAUCUUCUUUUCUCCUCUAAUUAUGCUUCUAUGUCUUCUUUAAAUAAAAUUUAUUGUUUCUUUUCUCUGAGCUUCUAUGUUAAGAACCUUCAUCGGGACAUUAUAUUCCCAGAUAGCUCAUGCUCAAGCUCAACUUGCUUUCUAAUGGCUGUCUCGAUUCAGUUAAAGCACAGCAAGAGAACAUCAUGGCUUCUAUGAGAUUUGCACUUCUCUAGGAAAAGAUUCUGAACAUUCAGGAAUGGUUUGAUAACUUACAUAAUUCUUAAUACUUCAAAUAAUACAAAGUUUAUAAACAUAGGUUUAUCAUCUAUAAUAACUCACUCAAGGAGAUAAUCAAAAUCAAAUGAUUUACAGAUGAGCGAAGCACAUCCUCUUGGAAUUCUUUUCCAAGCAAAGAAAAAGCAAUUAAUUCCUAACAAGCCCUUCCAAAUCCUUCCAGAACCAUAUCUUUCCUCCUUAAAAACUCAUUAACCAAUAAC